AUGGCACGUCUUCAGAAAGAGCCUGAUUUAACAUUCUUCUACGUUCUAAAACGAUUCAUUAUCUUCCUUAUCAAUCCCCUAUGGUUCACAAUCACAUGCGUUUUUGAGUUCUACACCUAUCUUCGGCCAUUCCGACUAUGCCAUUUUAUGUUCUGGCAUUGUAUCAUCUGGAUAGCUGCCUCACAUCUCUAUGUUGUUGGUCAAAACUCGGAAACUGUAUAUCUGGGCUUUGACUCACUCGCUUUUUUCAUUCUGCUCAUAAUUGGAGUCGCCCCGUGGGCAAAAGUGUUACUUCAGGUCAGAAAACCCAAAGUUCAGAACUUAAAUCAUGUGAUUCUGGGAUUCUUCGGAAUGAUUUCCUUGCAUUGGAUCGUUUUCGGGUGCUUUUUGGGGAUGAGCUUCAACUUUUACUAUGCGAGAUACUGGCCUGCCUGCUCCAUGCUCCUCCUCUCCUCAUUCGUUUUCUCAAUCAAUGCAUGGUCCUGUUUCUUCACACCAUCCUAUCAUCUCUGUGAACAUCGACGUAACGAAUGGGACAUGCACGAUGAGCCAUUUGACGGAAUCAUUCGCCACGUGGCAGUUAGAAGGAAUCUAGGAAAGAUGAAGGAUCCAAUGAAUCUUCCAACUGGAUUCCAAUUCGAUGAUCAGCUGGAUGUCAGCAAGUUACAGUACAGAACACAUCGUUCGUUCAUGUAUUAA